AAAGCAGUAGACAAGGCUCCUGGAUUGGCUGGUAAAGUUAAUAGUGGGGUCGUACAAGGAAAUCCUCACCCAACAGAUAAAACUAGGGAUCCUUAUCACGCUUCCAUCACCCUUGGUAUUAACAACAUCGAGGGGAAGGACCGUGUUACAUCUGCACAUGUUUACCCCAACAGAAGCGUUACUUUCUCUAAGGAAGUAUACGGGCGAGUCAAAGUUAAUGUUGAUCCUGCUGCCCCCAAAGAAGGCAGCGCUUCCAAAUAA